UCUCAUCUCCCUCCCCUCCCCUUCUCUCUACCCUCACCGCUCAAACUCACAAAUUGAAAGCAGCGUUUUUUGGAGCUUCCCCACCGUUCAUCCCAUCCACCGGUCACCGGGCACUGCUGUCCGCUGCUACUGCCGACCGCGCCCUGAGCUUUUACAUCUCCGGAUGCACUACUUAGCCACCAGGCUCCGGCGACCACCCGGUGGCACCGGCGAGAGGAAAAUAGAUCCAGCCGGAAAGUAAAUCUGCCAACCCAUACAUCCCCUCACCACCCUUCAUCCCCAUCGAACCCCGGCGAGCCCCUAAAAACUGCGAGCAAUUCACCUGCAGUUCCACACCUUUCUUUCCACACCUUCUCUGUGAUAAGUAAAUCCGAAGUACUUCGUAGUAAUUAAAAGUUAAAACACUCCCCAGCCAUGGAGCCUCAGACUCCCUGUUUAUUGUCGUCGUCAUCAUCUGUACUUUCCUCCUUUCGUAUUGUUAUCGUCGGGGACAUCCAUGAGGAUUGGGAAUCAGCGCAUGACUUCCAGGCACUUCAGUAUUUACAGCCGAAUCUAGUGCUCUUCACCGGUGACUUUGGCAAUGAGAAUGUCGAGCUUGUAAGGGCUAUCGCGGCCGGGAUUAACAUUUCCAAAGCAGCAAUACUUGGAAACCACGAUUCUUGGUCGACUUCCAAGUUCACCAAGAAGACAAAAGACGGAGUUCAGCUUCAGCUGGAAUGCUUCGGUGAACAGCACGUCGGAUACGCUCACCUGGACUUCCCUGCAUUCCAGAUUAGGGUUGUAGGUGGGAGACCUUUUUCCUGUGGAGGCGAUCAGUUGUUCAGGAAGAAGCUUAUAACUGCAAGAUAUGGAGUUCAUAACAUGGAAGAAAGUGCACAGAAAAUACACAAGGCUGCUAUAGGAACUCCACACGAUCACUCUAUUAUAUUUCUUGCUCAUAACGGACCAUCAGGUCUAGGUUCUAAUAUUAAUGACAUCUGUGGCAGAGACUGGGAGUGUGAGGGAGGAGACCACGGGGAUCCAGAUUUAGCUCAAGCGAUAUCUCUGGUAAAAGAAACCACCAAUCAUCACGUACCUUUGGUUGUUUUCGGGCACAUGCAUAGGCAACUGGCAAAAGGAGGCUUCCGGAAGAUGAUACACAUUGAUGCUGACAAUACCAUGUAUCUGAAUGCUGCCAUUGUUCCAAGGGUGCAAUAUCCAGACAGUGGAGGUUCAAUCCGGGCCUUCACUGUGGUGGAAUUUGAAGAUCGUAAAAUAACCAAAGUGGCUGAAACUUGGGUGUCUGUCAUUGAAGAAAAGACAUCUCUGCGCGAAGAGCGUCUAAUUUUUAGCAGCAAUACUGCAGUCAUCUAGAUGACAACUUAUUUGGCAUUAGCGGGAGCACAUAUUUGUAGAUAGGUUGAGGUUUUACAUAACCCCUGUGUGGGGUCCAAAUGUGGUGUUACGUACUGUGGACUGCAACAAGUGUAGGCGUGUGUGUAGCUCAUGGAAUGAUAUCAUUAGGCUAUCUAGGGAUGGACCAAAUGGGCCCGGCCCGCUACUGUGCUUUGAACCGGCAAACUCUCUUGAGACGCUUGAGAUGCUUGUUUGCUUCCACGAUUGGUUGAAGGUCAAACGUAGAACUCAAGAAAUUAGCAUUGAAUCCAUCCGCCACUUUAUGGAAAAAACAACUCAAGAUGACGGAAAUUCCGAUUGAUUCUUAUUUAUCAAAAGUGUAUUUCAUGUUUUAAUUUUUGCUCAAUUUUCAAUUGUACUACAUAUUUCAAAUAAAUAUAUUUUAACUUUUUU